AUGGCAACCGGAUUUGAUAUUGCCGCCGGAAUUGCCGGUGUCACCUCGUUGUGUAUCACCCUUUUCCAUGGCUGUGUUAAAGGCAUCUCGAUCAUCUCUGAGGCACGUCAAAUGGGACAGAGCGUUGAGCGCCUCAGUCUCAUGCUGGAAUGGGAACAGUUCCGCCUCCUGCGCUGGGGUGAAAGAGCUGGUUUAUGCGAUAACAGCCCGGAAAAUACAAAGCUAAAUUGGAAUCUGGUGCAUGAGCUGCUUAGCCACUUGCACAGUGACCUCACGGAUGCAAAAAGACUGAAAGAGAAAUAUAAUCUUGACGUCUUUGAAGAGGCCGUUACCGAAGGCGGAGCUUCGGCUGUGCCAGACAGCUCAUCCUCUAAGUCUUUUCCAGGACGUAAGAAUAGCAGCCUGCUUGGUAGGUCAUGGGCAUAUGCGAGUCCAGGUAUGCGGAAAAGUCGUGCGCAGAUUAUCCAGCAGAAGGCAAGCACAUUCAGCAAACUGAAGUGGUCAGAAUUCGACCAGGACAAAACCCGCAGACUACUUGCGGACAUUACAUACUUUAAUAAUGCUUUACAGGAGCUCCUGGAUGAUGCGCACCAACUUGUCAUCAAGAAUGGAAUGGCAGCUCUUCUAAGAGACCUGAUCUCUCGUAGCACAGACGGGUCAGAAGUGGAAACCAUUCAAGCCUUUUUGCAUGAAGACGCUGUUGCAGAUACAGCGGCUCUUGAAGCGGUGAGCCAAGUUAAACAAACCAGACUUAUUCUCGGUGUAGACAGGAGGUUUGACGAAGGCUCCAGUGCGCAAGCAGAGAGACCCAAGCUUACCAAAGUGAAAUAUGAGAAUCUUUCAAAGUUCCAGCCAGUCGGCGAAGACGGUAAGCGGGAAGUCGCCGAGUACAAGACUUCAUCAUCUAAGCGAACUGUGCAUUCAUAUGUGUUGCUGGAAUGGAAACGCGUGGACAAGAAGACCGACCAGAAGAUUAAAAGGAGGAUAAUGGAGCUUGCGCUUCUAAUGGGCACCUCCUCAAAUAACGGCUUUAAUUCACUCAAAUGCCUUGGCUUUCUUGAACGGAAUAUGCCUGGACAGGAUAAUAGGUAUGCCUAUGUCUUCGAGAUCGUCGAUCUGUUGAACGUUCCCAAGCAGGACGUUGCGCCCACGCCACCCACGCCACCCACGCCACUCUCGCUGCGAUCCGUGUUGAAGCUCCCUCGCAAGCCGAGUCUAACAGAGCGCAUUGCAAUGUCUCUGGCAGUCGCGGAGACCGCUUUACAGAUGCACACUGCGGGCUGGCUUCACAAGGGUAUCUGCGCAGAUGCUAUUUUAUUCAUCAACGCCGAGCAGACGAGCUGGCAGAAGGGCACCAGCCUGGGGCCUUACGUGGCCGGGUAUGAGUUCUCGAGAAAUUCACUCGAAGAGACGGAAACAGUGCCAUUUGAUGUCAAGCAAGCCCUUUACUGGCAUCCCGCAAUGCGAGACUUUAAUCAGAGAUCAGACAACCUUUUUCGCAAAGAAUAUGACCUCCACUCUUUAGGAUGUGUUCUCCUCGAGAUAUCUCUCUGGAGCAGCCUCGAAGACAUUUUGCGCAGCAUAGGAGAUCAAUCUCAGCCUUCGGAUCCACCAUCCACCACAGGGAAAAGUGAGAGUCAGAUCAAUUAUGAGAAACGACUUGACCUUCUCCAACGGCAGACUGCUCUCAAGGAGCGGACAACAGCUGGAGCCAUCUUGGAUCAAGUGGCGUUUGCAGGUGGCAACCGGCUUCGAGAAGCUCUUGAAUUGUGCUUUUUCCCACAACUUGUGACGCACAGGGAGCCAGCAGGGGACGAAGAAAUAAGCUUCGAUCUAGUGGAGUUGUCAGUCGAAGCUCAGCUUUCCAUAGUCGAAAUCCUACGAUCACUGUGCCAAAAUGUGUGA